CAGGGGGCUUCCUCACGGAGCUAGUGUUGCUCUGCACACACUCUCAGGAGACAGUGCAGGUUUCACUGUGCACCCUGCGGAGCCACUCUAUUCCCUGAGGGUCUGCGCCUCCUUAUUCCCCACAGCCCCACCCACAAAGCAGUUGUCUGGGAUGUGCUGUCUCCCUGCUAGCUUUCACCCAAGGGACUGUCAAACCCUUCAUGCGCCUGUCACCCCUAAAUUCCAUGCCUCUCAUCCACUGGCAGAUGAUCAAACGCGAGUGAUUCUCUCCCUGCUUCAAGAGGAGGGACUCAGCGACUACAUCAAUGCCAGCUUCAUCCGGGGUGCAGAUGGACGUCAGGCCUACAUUGCCACGCAAGGACCCCUGCCUCACACCCUACUAGAUUUCUGGCGCCUGGUCUGGGAGUUUGGGGUCAAGGUGAUACUGAUGGCCUGUCGCGAGAUAGAGAAUGGGCGGAAGAAGUGUGAGCGUUACUGGGCCCAGAAGCAGGAGCCACUGCAGACUGGGUUUUUCUGCAUCACCCUGACAAAGGAGACCCGGCUGAAUGCAGACAUCAUUCUCAGGACCCUCCAUGUCACAUUCAAGAAGGAGUCCCGUUCUGUGCACCAGUUGCAGUAUAUGUCCUGGCCAGACCGUGGUGUUCCCAGCAAUCCUGACCACAUGCUCACCAUGGUGGAAGAAGCCCGCCGCCUCCAAGGAUCUGGCCCUGGACCCCUAUGUGUCCACUGCAGUGCUGGCUGCGGGCGAACAGGAGUCCUGUGUACUAUUGAUUACGUGAGGCAGUUGCUCCUAACCCAGACCAUCCCGACUAACUUCAGCCUCUUUGACGUGGUGCUUGAGAUGCGGAAGCAGCGGCCUGCAGUAGUGCAGACAGAGGAGCAGUACAAGUUCCUGUACCAUACGGUGGCUCAGCUAUUCUACUCAGCCCUCCAGAACACCAGCUCCCACUACCAGAACCUCAAGGAGAAUUGUGCCCCACUCUACGAUGAUACCAGCUCCCUCCCGACUUCCCCAACCCUUCUUGCCAUACCCCGCCCACCAGGUGGGGUUCUCAGGAGCAUCUCAGUACCUGGGGCCCCAACCUUCCCCAUGGCCGACACAUAUGCGGUGGUGCAGAAGCGUGGGGCUCCAGCAGGCCCCGCACCCAGUGCACAGGCUCAUAGCACCUUGGAAACACCACUGUACAGCCAGGUGACACCACGCGCUCUGCGACCUGUGGCGCAUGCGGAGGAUGCGCGAGGGGCGCUACCUGGCCGUGUUCCUGUUAACCAAAGCCCUCCUGGAUCUGACGCCUAUGAGGAAGUGACAGAUGGAGCUCAGACUGGUGGGCUAGGCUUCAACUUGCGCAUUGGAAGGCCGAAGGGGCCGCGGGAUCCCCCUGCUGAGUGGACCCGAGUGUGAUUACUACAGUUGUGCCUCCCGGUCGUCGCACAUGGGUGUUUGGACUGCUGCUACCACCACUCUGCGGGUGUGAUGUGUUGGGAAUGGAAACGCUGGAUCUGGAUCAAAAUAAAAGUUUCUCAGGCUGGAAAAAGUGGGGACCUCCAGUGAUUGUAGCAGUCAAGGCUGGAGGAAGUAAAUGGGAGAUAAUAGCUGAUGAGGCCAGAUCCUGAGCAGAUUCAAGAAAGAAUAUCAGGAGUGGGCAUUGACUCCACCUUCUAAAUAGGAGGACCUCAACAGCUUAACAGACCAGCCAACAGCCUGACAGAUCAUUCCCAGCCAUAGAGACCACCAAAUAAAGCCAGAUGGACUUCUAGAUGGGCAGAAUUUCAGACAAACAGAUCCCCACUGUAUAGACAUACAGACAUCUCAGCUAGAAAGGCCCCACCCUAACCCCCAAGUGGGCAAACUUAUGGACAUUCCAUCUUACCAGACUCCUGUCUAGCCAGAUGAAUUCCCAACCAGAUAGACCACAGCUACACAGAAUCCUGACUGCACUGAGCAGUCUUGGCAGAUCUUUUAGGUAGACUGCCUCCCUGGUAGUAGACAGGUAAAUUCUCAGACCUCAGAUGGAUAUGUCCCCCAUUUAAUCAAUGGAUUAAAUUGAUUUAGACAGACAGAGACAUACUACCUUCAGCCAGAGUUAGAUAGACCCAAGCUGAUUGGCCAGCUAGACAGAUGCAGCCAGAUGGAAACAUAGACCCCAAGUGAUCAGACAGAUCAUUCCGCAGAUGAAUAGUCAAGUUUCCCAAAUAGGUAGGAACACUCUCCAGCUGUUCACACAGAUGGACCCCAAGCAAAUUAGACCCUAUCCAGACAGACCCCAGAGAGGCAGAAAGAACCCCCAACCAGACUGACCCAUUUCAUACAGACCCCCUGGCCAGACAGACUCAGCCCUUGAGCUGGACAGACAUGCAUACUGCCACUUGGAAGACAUACCCAUAGCACCUGCCAAACCCCAGAAUGAUGGGCAUACUGAGAAGCCCUAAGAUUGAUUUCACUAAAAAAACAGAUCAUAGACACACUAACUCCUAGCUUGACAAAACCUUCAGAUAGACUACUGGCUGGGCAGAUAUACCAGAUAUUCCCCAGCAAGAAAUACAACAAUCAGCCAGACCCCUAGGGAGACACCCUAGGAGCCAAAAAGAUCUCCAGCUGGACAAACAGUCCCCUAUCCAACAAACAGAACUUCAAGCCAGACACCCCUAUGUAGACAGCAAGUCAAGAAUAAGUUUAUGCAUGUUUAAAAGCCCUGAUCCUGCUCUGCUCUUCCCUCCUAAUCUGAUCUUCCCAAACAGGCCAGUGUCUAUCUGACAACAUCAGGUUCAUCUAGGUAGACUCCCAGCCAUACCUCCUGAUACAGUGCCCUCCCCAGACUGUGGGAAAGCUGUUCUGUGUCCAUGAUGUGCACAGACCACCAAAAGGCACCUAACAAGCACCUACCCAGCCAGACGCACAUCCUUCAUUGUUACUGUAGGAAUUCAGUGAAAGCAAGUAAGUCAAGUGCUCCAUUCAGGAUAUUUCCACUGUGCUCAGUAAAUGUCAGACUGUUAACACAAAGGUGUCUCCAGAAGAUCUUGUUCUUCGCACUCUGGUAUGGAAGAAUCCAAGUAAAACAAGUGGGUGUAGUGUGGAAGAUACCAGAGUUUUAUUAUAGGAAAGGGGGAAAGGAAUUACAGGUGAGGUCUCUGCCACGUGGCAUGGAGGUGCCAUGUGCAGAAGAAAAAAAGGGAAGGAUUCCAUUUUAGGUUGUUUUUAUAUCAUCCUUAACUUGAAGAAAUCCUUGUUAACUCCCACCUGCAAUGGCCUUCAGGCCAGGGGGAGUUGCUGGGUGGGCGGACUCAUGCAUAAACCUAUGCUAAUUCUCAGCUACCCCAAGUCCAUGCAGAGGAAAUUUCCACUCUAGUUUAACAAAGGAUUUGCAAUUGAAAUGGGACUUGAGUCAGGGAGGGGGAGCAGUCCCAGAUUUUUCCUAAUUCUAGCCUGCCUCAACUUUACAAUCCCAGGUUUAUAGAGUUGAGGCUCCCAGUUUGACACUGGUCCUGAGACAAGUUUUGGUUGUUGGUAAAAGGAGCAUGAAACGUGCCUUCCAUGGUCACAAUGCUUGCUGGCUGUGUCAAUUGCUGUGAAGUCUCUGCACAGACACCAGGGAUUGCAGAGAAACCUUGGGGUCUUCCAGCAUCAGCACCUAUAUGGGUUCAAACUCUCAGAUGAAAGUUGAGGAUGAUCAUUGUUGAUAGCUGCAAGGAAAGAGGCCCUGGGGUUUCACUUAAAGCAUGGAUGAAUCUCAAAGCUAGAAAUACUAAAUUCAUUGACCCCCCGCCCCAGAGACCAGAGGGUCAAAACAGUAGUGACCUGGAGGGGAAGGGUUGUGACAGAAAAGAGGAGGCAUGCUCUUUCUGAAAGAGAAACCAAUGCCAGUUGGAGCUGUCUCCUCA